AUGGUACGCCUAGGUGCGGGUCCGGCCUUGCCAGCCACCUGCGCCCUCGCCCGCUUCCAGUCUAUUUUGACCCUGGACCUAGGUGGAAGAGCAGGAGGGAGUGAGGUAGAUGCUGGGCAAGUCGACCAUCACUAUUUGAGAACCCAUUCGCAAGUCACCGUGCCUGCUUUCACCCUGAUGUGGACCUCGUCAGUUACGACGCCCAGAAGAUGCGUAGGCACACUUUAAGUGGAACGGACUCACACACACAUACUUACGAAUUAAACAUUGCCCACUGAUGCCUCCUCCCUGUACCUGAGCUUGGGUUCCUAAACUCUAACCCUGGCCACAUGGCGACACGGGACAGAGAGAGAGAGAGGUUGUGCACGCACAGGCAGUUCGGGCUCUUGUUUCAUGACUUGGCAUGAACGUGAGUUUGUUGUCAAGGCGAUUUGGAGGUCAGCAACGGAUGACUCCUGUGCAAGCGGUAAAAAGGUCACCGCUUCAUUCUGUUUUAAUCCACACAUGUAGGACCGUCAGUUUCAUUGUAACAAGAAGUUAUUUUCAAGUUUCAAUAACAAGUAUUUUGUAAAACAUGUCUGAGUGAAUAGCUGGUAAAAUUAGUUGACGCAAGGCAUGUUACCCUCUAAGGAGCGGCUGAGAAGGCAUAGCAUCCGUGCCAGCACCAGUCCCGCUCAGCGCCUUCUAGCCACACGGGGCUUUGAGGGGCUGUGGCGGGGACAGACGAGGUUAUUUGGCCCCCUCUCCCCCUCCCCUACCGAAAAAAAUGCCUGAUGGGGCGUCGUCUUUUGCCAGUUUUUGGUUCCAUCCGGUUCCGUCUUUGAUACCGAAGCCGUUGCCAGAAGUGUAGUUCUCGCAAACCAUUGACUAACAUGUUGGCUUCAAAUGGGGCAAAUCGACCUCCCACACGUCCAAGCAAGGGUAGUACCGCACGAUUAAUAACACAAGCAAUUUACUGUCGACGCAGAACCCACUCCGGCGACAUAAGAGAGUUGAUAGGAAAUAGUGAAGAAGGAUUGUAGGAAUCUUUUAAAUACUUUACUACAUGAUAUUCUGAUUGAUGGAUGUUUCGAGGGUAUGGGAGGCACUCGAGCAGGGGUGGUGGAUCGCAUCACGCUGUUGGGAGUGCCUACACUCCCAAAAACAAGAGCAAACCAAUCAAUGGAGAUCACGUGCGUUUGCUCUCUCUCUCUACCGCGCUGUCAUCAAUCAGGCGCUUUCCCAUUGGCUACUCCCCUCUUCCCGAAGGUCAUUGGACCGAGUGCCGGCGAACCACGCUAGCGUGUGAUAAAUAUGCGUCACCCUUAGCUAGACAUGACUUGUUAAUACGUGUUUGCUAAUACACGUUCCGUGGCCAGCCGUGUGUUCUUUGUCUGCUGCCUUGAUUGGGAACCAGGGUCGAGUGCGCAUACGCUCCACGGAAUUUCAAGUACCAGGCGGGUCAUAACAAAUUGGCGACGCAGUUUCUCAACUACGAUGGCUGACGAGUACGCAGACUUGAAGCAGAUGUUGCAGCAGCAGCUGAAGCUGAUGGACGCACUCACCGCCAAGCUAUCCAAUUCAUCUAUGGGCCAAUGAAGCGCGGCUGGUGGUUCACAAUCUGUUGAUCACAUUGCCGGCAGCAUCACCGAAUUCUUGUAUGAUCCGCAGGCCCAUAUCACCUUUGAUUCCUGGUACAAGCGAUACGAGGACUUGUUCUCUGUCGAUCUGGCUGCCCAGGACGAUGCAUGGAAGGUCCGACUUCUACUUCGCAAACUGGGUCCGGCUGAACACGAGCGUUAUGCAAACUUCAUCCUUCCCAAGAAUCCCCGGGAAGUCGCUUUCAAGGACACGGUUCGGACGUUGUUGCAGAUUUUUGGUGAGCAAUCAUCCCUCUUCAACACUCGAUUUCAGUGCCUGCAACUGUGCAAACGAGAUUCCGAUGAUUUCAUCACGUACUCGGGCAUUGUUAAUCGUGAGUGUGGGCGUUUCCAACUCGGUUCUCUCACUGAAGACCAGUUUAAGUGCCUUAUAUUUAUCUGCGGCCUCCAGUCCCCCAAGGAUGCUGAUAUCCGGACACGUCUCCUGUCCAAAGUGCAGCAGAACAACUCUACCACACUCCAAGAGCUGGCAGCAGAGUGCCAAACGCUGAUCAAUCUCAAGCACGACUCUGUAAUGAUUCAGAACCCGGCCUCAUCUUUCUCAGUCCAUACGGUCACAUCGACCAAAUCGCAUCCUGUUACACGGCCCAAGCAAGUGUCCAAGUCGAGAUCUCCGCCAUCUCCUUGUCGGCACUGUGGCGCGUGGCAUUUCCACCGGGAUUGCACUUUCCGCCAGCAUCGCUGCCAAAGCUGUAAUCAGGUGGGACACCGUGAUGGGUUCUGCAAAUCAUUACCAGCUUCUGGAGGCAAGCCAGCCCCCGCCACUCCUAAUUCCAGGCACCGUUUCCGGCCAAAACGCAAGCCCAAACCCCAGUCCGUGGGUAAUUCUCUCAGUCUUUUGGCCGCUUUCCAGCUCAAUGCGUCUGGUCGUAGAAAAUUUGUUGAUGUCUUGCUCAAUGGCCAUGCAGUUCGUCUACAGCUGGACACUGCCUCAGAUAUCACCAUCAUCUCUGAGAGACUCUGA